UUUUUCUAUUUGAAAAGAUAUACAGUAUCUAGCAGUGUACAUAAAAACUUAUUUCAAACAUAAAAAUCGUACUGACCCCAAACUUCUAAACAUUUUAAAUAUGGUAUAUAGUCUUCAAAACUGUCCUCUGUAAAAUAACUAUUCUAGCAUUCAUUCCAUUUAACAGCAGGCCUAGCCAUUAUUGCCUUGACCAUUAUCUGUUUUAAAGUUAUACAGUGACCUGGAUUUUCAUUUUGAUUGUGUUCAUUUUCUUUAACAGAUCUCAGUCUGGCUCUACAGCUUUUCAUCUCCAGCUCAACCUUGACAAAACGAAGCUAUUUUUUCUUUCAGCCGCCCCCAGUCUCUUUCCAUCGCUUUUGAAGGUUGUACAGUCAUUGACUCCUGAUGUGUACAAAUCUUGGAAAUUGUCCAAGAUGACCCACUGACCUUCAUUUAUCACGCUGCGACAAGUGCCCUAUUCGAAUAAGGCUUUUUAAUGUAGAGAAAAUCUGCCUUUUCACUCCCAUCAGUGCAUCCAAAAUGCUUCUGUCUGACUCUAUAUAUCCAGUAAUUCUCACAUUUACCCAGGUCUCAAUGUACUUCUCACUGCUGCCACAGUCAUAUUCAGGACCCCAUUCCUGGCCUACAAUGCAUUCAGCACCAUUAUUCUAAUAACUAUAAGCCAUUAUCCAAUCGCACACCCACAACCUUCACACUACAGUCAGAAUCUUUACCCUCUACACAUAUAAAGCAGCCAUCCUGUGUGCUUGCCCCCCGACUGAGCCUGGUUUCUCACAAGGUUUUUUUCUCCAUUCUGUCACCGAUGGAGUUUUGGUUCCUUGCCACUGUCACCUCCAGCUUGCUUAGUCGGGGACACUUAAUUUCCAGCGAUAUCGUCGUCUUGAUUGCACAGAUAUUUAAACUGAACUAAGUUUGCCGAUGACAUCAUUGAAUUCAAUAAUGAAAUGCCUUUAACUGAAAAUUGAGUGUUUAAGCUUGUCAUUUUACAUAAUUGACCCUAUUUUCCUAUUUUGAUAUUGGAAAGUUGCUUUGAAACAAUCUGUAUUGUUAAAAGCAGUAUAUAAAUAAAGGUGACUUGACUUGACUUGCUUGCCCACAAUGACUAAAUGUUGUCUUGUGAAAUACUGCCCCCUUUUAUUCUGUAUAGUGCCAGCUGCAGAUUCUACACAGAAUAGACAAGCAUAGAAAAAACAUAAGCUAAAUCCAAAACAAGCUAUUAAGGUGGGGUGUUUGAAUAAUAAAACAGCAAGAAGUCCAUUUGUCAAGAUAGUAAAGGUUAGUCAAUGAAAACGGUUUUAACAAGAGCAAACACAAUGUCUGCUGCAUAACUAACGAGUUGGAUCAAACAGCACAAUCAUUCUGAUAGCACACACACAUUUCCCCCUCUACAACAGAGUAAGACAUGAGUUUUGUUGAGCGUUUCUCUGUCUUGCGAAAUGCAAUGUUUCUUUUCCAGGUGAUAAAUAUAAAGCAUUCACAGUGCUGCUGAUGAAACUGGUUUUCUAAAGCUCUCUGUUGUAAAAUAGAGUGCCAGGAGAAACAGGCAGGUGGCGUAGUGGGAGUAAUCAUUUGCAUUUUGCUUUCAUACAAGCAUCAUAUGAGUUAAAGCAUUGACAAUCUCAGAAAACCAAUUUUCAGUUUAAAAUUAGUUUAAAUGGCCUUGAUUGUCUUUUUUUAUUUUACAGUGCCACUAUAGUCUGUAUGAGUGAGGGCUAAUGCCAAGAAACUCACAUAUGAUCUUAUUAUAGACCAAAUUAAAUAAUUUGCCCUAUAUUAUCAUUGUUCUAAAGGCAAACUAAACUGAUACAAAAUAUUAUUUGUAAAAACUUAUUCCAAUAAGAUGACAGCUUCUUUCAUAAUAUAAUAAAUGUUUAAGUUGGGUUCUAUUUUACAACAAAAUAAAUUGAAAUCUGUGAUGAAUCUUGUGUUUCCUUGUGUUUAGAAAGAACAGUAAUUAUUUCAAAUUCUGAUAAAUGUGUUUUGAAAACUAGCCUACUGUGUUAAAUAUUUAACUACAUCAACAUUUAAGCUUUAAAUGUUGUAAAGUCUUUCUUUUUCUCCUCAAGUUUUCAGCGGAUCCUAGCACCCACUUUUCUUCUCUUCGAGGUCCCCGGGCCCCAGUUUCGAACCCUCAUACGCUAAGCUAAAGGAGGUGAAUCUUUUAUUUAUGCUCUUUGUAUAAACGCUUGCUUGUUUAAUGGAGCAUGGAAGAGUGAAGUGCAGGGCUCUCAGGACACAAUCACAUUCAUCUUUUUUAUGUUGUGUUUACAUUCUUAACUUUUUCCAAACGAUGACUAGGCUAUACACAAACAGGCCGUGACAGAAAGUGUAUGUGGCUUUUUGACAGAGCCACACACAGGCUGCUUAGUGUGUGCAGCUCGUGCUCUGCAGCAGUCCCUCGGGUAGGCAGUUGCGAUGAACUGGAUGUCAACAGAUGCAUAAGGGGCUGUCGAAGUUUGAGAACUGCAGCACACCAGCGCGUGCCUGCCACGACCACGGGGGGGCGAUCGGGGUCUUUCCGCGCUGCGCAAACGUGCCUCUCGCGGCGGAGCGCAGCUCCCCAAUAACACGAGCACAAUGGUCAACGGGCGAGACUGAGCGGCAGACAGAUGCGCGCUGCGCAUACUUACCUAAGGCUAUUUCACAUGGCAUCCUGAAACUUUGAUACAUCUCGAUUCUGACGCCGCUCAUGUGAUUUAUGGAGCCACGCAGCAUGCUCUCGGUACCAGCACCUGCUUUUUGCUGUUGCUGGUGUCAAGCGGAUUCAGUGAUUCAUUCAUAGCCACUGAAGGGGCAGAGGACGGAACAAACCUACACCCCACCCCUCCCUCGCAGCGAAGAUGGGAACCAGUGAUUUCAUAGGCGAAUAAAGUCUCUACCGAGCACCUCAGAUUACGGAGCUCUUCUCCUGCAUUCAGUUUCCGUUUGGAUAACGAAGGCGCGCACCGCGCACAUGGAUUCUAGAAUUGUUGGACACCUUUUUCUCAUAAUGAUGAUGAUUAUGAUGAUGUCACCAGAAGCGCGUCGCUUCGCCACAGUUGUAAAGUCCAAUUACAAUAAGUAAAAGUGCACUGAAAGAGCUUAAAGCACUUCCGAAGGCAGCGGACCUACAGUGCCAGUCAAGUGCAUUUAUGAACUUGCCAAGGCCGUCUUUUGCUCAGCCUGGUUCUUCAGCCCGUUUUCCAUCAUUCUGAACGCUUCGUAGUUCGAGAAGAUGGAGUUUGCUAUGGUGGGCGCGGACAGCGGGGGCUGCAACACCCACCUGCCCUAUGGAUAUGCCCAGGCUCGCGCCAGGGAGAGAGAGCGCGAGCGGGAGAGGCAGUCGCGCGCAGCGGUAGCGGCGGUAGCCGAAGCCGGAACGGUCGGAGAGGGAGGUGGGUCCAGCGGCAAUCCCCACAACCAUCCGCAUCAGAGUCGCACCGCCUCUUCAACGAAUACCAACAACAGUAGCGCCGGGACCGCCUCGCGCCCCUCCUCCUCCUCCUCCUCCUCCUCCUCCCAACAGCCGCAACAGCAACAGCAGCAGCAGCAGCAACACCACGAGCCGCCACAGCAACUUCUCCGAGAGCGAAAAAAGCAACGAGGCGUCGCGCGCUGGAGACGGAACCGCGCGGCACUCGGCGGGGAUCUACGCCACUCAGAGUUGGCGCUCCUAGGAUCCGAGGAGGACAUCAUGAUCGAGGAGGACGAGGCGGAGGGCGAGGAGGAAGAGGAGGACAGGGGAAGCAAGAGGUUGAGUUUUGUCUAUAACAUGGAUGAUGAAGAGGAGACGGUUUCGUUAACGGACAGGCGUCCUCAGUCAGGCUACGAAAAUGUUUACAACGAGUACGGCUGCUGCGAGAGAGUUGUCAUCAAUGUGUCGGGCUUGAAGUUUGAGACCCAGCUGAAGACUCUCGCGCAGUUCCCAGACACUCUCCUGGGGGACCCUGAGAAGCGAAUCAGGUACUUCGACCCUCUGCGAAACGAAUACUUCUUUGACAGGAAUCGACCGAGCUUCGACGCCAUUCUGUACUUCUAUCAGUCAGGGGGGCGCUUGAAGAGACCCGCCAACGUGCCGUUUGACAUCUUUUCCGAGGAGGUCAAGUUCUAUGAACUCGGGGAAGAGGCGAUGCUCAAGUUUCGCGAGGAUGAGGGCUUCGUGAAGGAGGAGGAGAAGCCGCUGCCCGAGGACGAGUUCAAACGCCAGAUCUGGCUGCUCUUCGAGUAUCCGGAGAGUUCAAGUCCAGCCAGAGGGAUCGCGGUCGUGUCAGUGCUGGUCAUCGUCAUAUCCAUUGUCAUCUUUUGUUUGGAAACAUUGCCAGAAUUCAGGGACGACAAAGAAUUCCUCAGCCCAGGUAAAAACUCCACGCAGGCGGACAAUGGAUUUACGCCGUUCAACGACCCCUUUUUCAUCGUUGAGACGGUGUGCAUCAUUUGGUUCUCGUUUGAGAUCAUCGUGCGCUUCUUCGCGAGCCCCAGUAAACCUGCUUUCUUUAAAAACGCGAUGAACUCCAUAGACAUCGUCUCUAUUUUGCCUUACUUCAUAACUCUCGGCACAGACCUCGCUCAGCAGCAAGGCAACGGGCAACAGGCGAUGAGUUUCGCGAUCCUGAGGAUAAUACGACUCGUCCGCGUGUUCAGGAUCUUCAAACUGUCUCGGCACUCGAAAGGUCUCCAGAUCCUGGGGCACACUUUGCGCGCGAGCAUGCGAGAGCUGGCGCUGCUCAUCUUCUUCCUCGUCAUCGGCGUCAUCCUGUUCUCCAGCGCGGUGUACUUCGCGGAGGCAGACGAGCCCUCGUCUCAGUUCACCAGCAUCCCAGACGCGUUCUGGUGGGCUGUAGUGACCAUGACCACGGUGGGCUACGGGGACAUGAAGCCCAUCACGGUCGGGGGCAAAAUCGUGGGCUCGUUGUGCGCCAUCGCCGGUGUCCUGACCAUUGCGCUUCCAGUCCCUGUCAUUGUGUCCAACUUCAACUACUUCUACCACCGGGAGACUGAUAACGAGGACCAGGCGCCCGUUGUGGAACAGCCCCCGCCGGGCUGCCCGUACUUUCCGGAUUUCCUGAGAAAAUUCAAAGGGUCCCCGUCGGGGUCGUCUUUGGGUGACAAGGCGGCAGAGUACAUGGAGAUGGAGGAGGGUGUGACAGAAUCUCUGUGCGGGGCCGACACGCAGAGCCCGAGCAGAGGGAACGGUACUGACAUAGGCGGAAAAAACAGUUCACAUUCACGAACCCUACAGACAGAUGUAUGAUUAUGGACGAACGAUAACCUCCUCGGGAGGUUUUCGUAAAGAUGACUGCACAAACGAAUCAGUUAACAGCACACAUGCACAACUUGAAGACAUAUAGCCUACAGUACGCGCGUGCGCAAGCACAACACACAUACAUACAUGCACUCAUCAAGUUCUGGACCUGAGCUGAAACAUUUUUGCAAUGUGGCUACUUUUGUAGUGAAACAUACCCUGUAA